UUUAGCUAAUAUAUAUAGGGAGCGUAGCCAGAUUAUAGUAUACACAGAUGGCCAGGUAUAGUAUACAACUAAACACUAAUUUUUAGCUAAUAUAUAUAGGGGGCGUCUGGGCUGAUGAUCAACACAAGAUUUUUUUGAAUAAUUUUUUACAAGAAAUUAAAACUAUGGUUUUUUUUAUUGAGGCCUAGCUACCUCCGCUCCGGUAUAAAUAUAGAAUUAUUAAAAUGAGUAAAAUAAAAAUACGGCAUUCAAGCAAAUAGGUAUCCACACAUACAUACUGUGCAUGAUAUUGUAUUUUGAUUUUAUAAAUGCAUUUUAAAAAAUAAAUUGUGUUGAUUUAGAAAGGAGUGUAUACGUAUUAUAUGUUGAAAGAAUGGUUAAGACUUGAGCGUCCAUGAGUGAAGAAGUGGAGGAGCGUGCUCUGAUUAGGGCGUGCGAACUGGCGAUGGAUAUGGGUUAUGAAGACUUUCAGGUGGAAGGUGAUGCGAUUAACUCCAUCUCCUUCAUUUCAGGUAAUGUCAACAAGAAGGAGAUAGGUUGUUUUUGGACAUUUAGAAAUCGGGCUAAAGACAAGGGUCUGGUUUUCGAACACACAUUGCGAGAAGGAAACUACGUGGCCCAUUUCUUAGCUGAACUUGGUGAGGCCCAGUUAAUCUUGUUUAAUCGGGUGGACCAACUACCAAUUCGGGCAAAACAGAGUUAUUAUGCUGAUUUAUUUGGAUGGGCGCAUUUUAGAGUAUAAGUUGUAAUUUUCUGGGUGGUAUGCCAUCCAGGAAUGCUUCAUUUAUCUUCUUCUAGUUUUUUAUUCAACGCUUUCUUGAUUGAGAGGUAUUGGUCUUCCCCCUCUCAUUUUGUACUUUGUUUUUUAAAUCAAUAAAAUCUGGAAAAUGUCCAUCGGCAUUUGUCCCACUGAUUUUGGUGGUUUGCCUUCCGGGGUAAAAAAAAAUGGUUGAGAUUUAAGGAAUCAAUUUGCAUUGAAGCAAA